UAUUUAGUGACAGCAACGUACAAGUCUAAUCAAAGUGUAUUAGCUGUUCUGUGAGAUAAUUACGUAUUUCGGUACUUUCUCAAAUGGAAGUCAAUCCAGCAAAGAAGUUUUAACGUUGUAGGAUGUUGUACAUGAGCAACUUUACCACCCAUAAUGUAGAAGUUAGAUAUACUUGCUCAGUGGUGGAUUGCGAUGCAAACUUCACGCAAGUAACAAACAGAACUGAAGUAAAUGAUACGCUACCAUAUGAAUAUGUAUGUGUAUUGAAGCCGCAACCCGAAGAUUUCGUCUCAUCGUGUUUUUUUCAAGUAUGUGUGUACGCAAUGUACGGAAUAAUUUUUAUAGUGGCUCUCUUAGGAAAUGGAUUAGUGUGUUUUGUGGUACAUUCAUCGCCUCGAAUGAAAACUGUGACGAAUUAUUUCAUAAUGAAUCUAGCUGUAGGUGAUAUAAUGAUGACUUUAUUCUGUGUGCCGUUCUCGUUUGUUUCCAUGUUACUUUUACGGUACUGGCCGUUCGGGGGCGUGAUGUGCAAAGUGGUGAAUUAUUCACAAGCCGUGUCUGUGUUGGUCAGUGCCUAUACGCUUCUCGCUAUAUCGAUAGAUCGAUAUUUCGUAAUAACGCGCCCGCUGAAGCCUAGACUGAGCAAGAUGGCGGCCAAGCUAGUGAUGGGCGCGGUGUGGAGCGGGGCUUUGGCAACCGCCGCUCCAAUACUGGUUGUAUCGCAGCUGCAGAAACCUUCCCUGUGGCAUCAAGUCUGCGAAUUAGACAUUUGCAGCGAGAGAUGGGCGAAUGCUGAGCAAAGUGCUCAGUACACGUGGGCACUGCUGGUGCUACAGUUCGCUCUGCCGUUAUGUGCACUCAUAUGUACUUACGGGCGCAUCGCCUACGUGGUGUGGGCGGUCCAGCCGCCCGGAGAGGCGGAGACUAUAAGGGAUUCACGGAUACAACAUUCGAAACGAAAGAUGGUAAAAAUGAUGAUAACAGUGGUUGCCGUGUUUACAAUAUGCUGGUUGCCACUUAAUAUAUUUAUCAUGCUGUGGACGGCACACGAGGAUGAUGAAGAAUGGGGCAAGUGGCCCGGGCUGCCGUACGUUUGGUUCGUCAGCCACUGGCUGGCGAUGUCGCACUGUUGCUGCAACCCAAUCAUAUACUGCUACAUGAACGUGCGGUACCGCAGCGGAUUCAAGCAGGUGCUUGGGAAAAUACUGUGCCUAAAUAAUGACGACGGCAGCCGAUCGCACCAUCGAUCAAGUGUAUGUGAAGGGGUGCCCUUGUCAGAAAUGAUGGGCGUCGACGGCUCAAUGAGGCAAAGGAGUCUUACGAGAUGCAGGUGCACUUUCAGCAACACGGAUGGAAGUAGGAAAUGCACUUCGACCUGCUUUUCAGUGAGACAACAUAAGUCAGCUUCAAGGACUGUUCCACCGAGAGCUGCAUCAGUUCGCUCACAUUUUGACUAGUUGACGCUGAAAACUGCGCUGCCGGUCGCCAAUAUAAACAACUGUACGAGCACGUUGUAUGUGUCCAUUAACUAAUCAGUAUACCCGAGUAAGAUACCGGAAAAUCCUUGGAUAAACUUUACUAUAUACUAAUUUACUACAGUAUUCAUCGUCCUCUAUAAACUCUCCAA